CACCACUCCACCCAACCACAACCAUGGACCUCGUGCAAACCGUCCGCAAAGAAGGCAGCCGCGGCGGCCGCGCCGACUUCAAAUGGGAAGACGUCAAAGGCGACGCGCAGCGCGAAAACUACCUGGGCCACUCGCUGAUGGCGCCCGUAGGCCGCUGGCAGCACGGCCGCGACCUGAACUGGUACGCCAAAGGCGACGCCGACGCCAAGGAGACGGAAGCAGACCGCAUCCGCGAGGAGAAGCGCAAACUGAAGGAGGCCGAGCACGAUGCCAUGCUAGCGGCCAUGGGGCUGCCUGUUCCGGUUAGGGGCGAGGAGAAUGCGAACAUGGUGCCUUUGGGGAAGAAGGCGGGAGAGGAGGAGGAGGAGGGUGGGAAGGAGAAAGCUGGCGAUGACGAUGCAAAUGACAAUAUGGAGAAGAAAGAGAGGUCGCGAAAACAUACACAUGGACGUGAUGACGAGCGGGAGCGCAAGAGGAGGCACAGGGAUCGGAGUCGCUCGAGGGACCGCGAGCGCAGACAUAGACCGCGAUCACGCGACAGGCGGAGGGAUGACGAUAAAGACCGCGAGAGGCGCAGGCACCGAUCACGAAGCCGUGAUCACAAGCGACGAGAAGACCGCCCCGAGCGUAGGAGGGAGCGAGAUGUUGAUGAACCGCGACGGCGCUCACGGUCUCGCUCGGACGAUAGGCAGAGGCGUCGUCGACGCGAUACACGGAGUAGGUCGCCCCAUGAGACGGAGCAGAGGAGCAGGAGGAGAGAUUGAGCUUCUUUUUAUUCUUUCAGUCAUGUGGAUGGAUGGCUAUGUUUAUUUCUCUGAGCGCGUAAUAGUAAUGCAACCUUCGAACGGUAGAUAUGUCGACUUCUGCUUGGAAAUCAGUAUUGAGCAUG